AUGCAAAUGACGGUAGAAAUGAGAAAAUCAAACAUCUGCAAAGCAUCAGCAUCAACAACACGGCGGCAUCAUGUGCGAUGCAGUCACGGGUAUCCGAUGAUGUUAUCGUUAUUGGUUAUAAAAAAUAUGUUCGAUUGGUUUGAGCCAUUGCAUUGUUUGACUUAUUUUCGUUUGUUAAUUCCUCAACAAAAAACUUUACCAUGA